AUGGCAGCUGCGGCGACGAUGGUGAGCUCGGCUGGAGGACUGUUGGCGAUGCUGAACGAGCAUCAUCCUCUGUUGAAACUUCACGCUCUUUCCAAUCUCAACGCUUUUGUUGACUACUUCUGGCCCGAGAUCUCCACUAGCGUGCCCAUCAUUCAUGUAAAGCAGAUGUUCUCUUUGGCAAUGCAGAACAUACGGUUUUCUGGUUGGUUAUAA